AAUAAAUUUAACGUUCACAUGUUUUAAAAACUUCUUUUAAUUAAUUAUCAUUAGUUAAUAAAUAAUUAUUAAUUAAAAAUAAAGUUAAUUGUUUGUUAAAUAUCAAGCAUUACUUUUGGUUUGGUUGUAUUUUAAAGAAGAAGAUAUUUUAAUAAAACCAGUCACUGAUCAAAAAGAAGUUACUGAAAUCAAAAUUGCGUUUAAUCUGUUCCAAAAACCGCUUAUAAUAACAAAAGAUUGAGCUAAAAUCUUGAAAAGUGUCUAACAAUGGUUUUUAACAAUCAUAUUGACAAAACUUUAUUUUGUUUACUACACAUAUGGUUUGUAUCUGUUUCUGGUUUAAUAAAUGAUUCCAUUACUGAUUCAGUUAACAUGAUAUGUCCAGGAAUAUAUUACGAUUCUGUUCAAAAUGCUUUUCACAAUCGCAUUUUGGCAUGUUCUUUCAAUAAUCAUAAAUGUAGUGUUCAAAAUAGUGGCUUUAUUUAUAGCGUUGACACUCCAUCAAAAACACUUCCUAAUAAUUCAUUUAAUCCAAGUAUUGGUCCUGGUUACAUUUAUGGAUUUAAUGCCGGUACAUUUCAAAUAAAUUUUCCCAGAGGCUUGUAUACGAAUAUAAAGAACUUCAAUAUAUAUAUAACCAUGGCGGUAUACUCAGAAAGUAGAAAUAAAUCUGAUUUUGGUUUGUUUGAUACUCAACAGCGUUUUAGCGUAGAAAUUCCCUCAUCCUCCUAUAAAUGGGACAUGAUAAAUAUAAUAUAUGAUCUCACAAAUUCUGAAAUGAAUUCAGGCUUUGCUUUUGCUCUUCAUACAAAAAAUGUGUUUACAAGAUUUGAUGAUAUCUGUAUUUAUCAAAUUUGUAAAGAAAAUUAUACUUUCAAUGCUGCUUCAAACCAAUGUGAAGAAAAUGGUUGCUUGACUAAGAAUUGCCAAUAUUCCUGUAAUAUGGAGUCUGGCAAACCAAUAUGUUCAUGUCCAACUGGAUAUAAGUUGAGUUCAGAUAACAAAUCAUGUAUUCAAGGUAAUCUAUGUCUAUCAAAAUAUUGUGAAUACCAAUGCAGUGUGGUAUCAGGUAUUGCAACCUGUUCCUGCCCAGCUGGAUUCAUUUUGCAUACUGAUAAAAUAAGUUGUUUGCAAGUUCCGACAGCUGUAACACCAACAUCUUUUACAAUAAUUAUUCCAGAAUUUUCUAUCAAAAAAAUAAUUGUAACUUACUACAUCAUCUUGGUAAAAUUAUCAACACCUGUUCUUCCAACAAGAACUUCAACUUCAUACACAUGGGAUGAAAUCUACAAUCAUAAAGAUAAUAUGCGCAUAGUAGGAGUGCUUGAUGCACACAAAAAAAUCAAGAGUUUUAUUGUUGGAGAAGGAUCAAAUUCUAAUCCUGCGCUUCAAACCGGGACUGUCUACACUACAUUUGUUAGAGUUAUAGCUAUAGAUAACAGCACAUUAACAUCCUCAUAUAGUUCGAUUGUGGUUACUAAAAAUUUUACAACUAAAUCUCCUACCACCACACAAGCACCAGCUACUAAAAAACAAUCUCCCACUACUAAAAAACCAUCAGCUACUACAAAACAAUCUCCUACCACUAAACAAGCACCAGCUACUACAAAACAAUCUCCCACCACUAAAAAAGCAUCAUCUACUACAAAACAAUCUCCUACCACCACACAAGCACCAGCUACUAAAAAACAAUCUCCCACCACUAAAAAAGCAUCAGCUACUACAAAACAAUCUACUACCACUAAACAAACACCAGCUACUACAAAACGAUCUCCUACCACUACGCAACCACCAACUACUACAAAAAAAUCUCCUACUACUACAAAAGAGUCUCCUACAAGUUUAAAACAAUCAUUAACUACUAAAAUCUAACCGUCAA